AUGUAUUCAGAUAGAAAACAUUGUCGGACAUACUCCGAACACGUAAAUUAUUUAUUACCAAAUAUAAAAUUUUUAGUAAAUUUAUGUAAAAAUGAUUAUGAAAUUAUAUGCAGUGGAGCUGUCGUACAUCGUUAUUGGGUGAUUACAGCUGCAACAUGUUUUACCAAAGAUUACAAUUCUAAUGAUAAUAUUACAGUGGCCACAUAUUUUAUAACACGGUCCUAUAUACCUCGUAAUGUUAAUGAAGAUUAUAAAAAACGUCAAUUUCAUAUAAAAGAUGCAUUUAUACACCCAUUUUUUAAAAAUGACUCUAAUUCAAAUAAUAUUGCAUUACUUAAGAUGGCAGAACCAGUAACUGACGCGUAUACAACAUCUAUAAAGCUUCCACCUAGGAUUUUUAUUUUACAUCCAGCAAUUAAUUGUACUACGAUAGGAUGUACAAUAAACAAAGAGAUAAUGAAGACCCAAUCAAAUGAAACAUGUACAUUGAUGGAAGGAAGUGUUUUAAUAUGUUUCCCAAACGUUCAUUAUAUGCAAAGUAUUUUAGUCGAAGGCAAUCAAAGUUUAUUUGUAGAUUUAGGAAGAUUUCGAGAAUGGAUUGAGGAUACUGUACUUGGAAUUGAUCAAUUUAAUGUUAUACAUUCAUUUGACAAGUGGGUGAGUAUUCGAAAUAAGUUUCGUAAUAUCGCUCUUCUAAUUAUACUUAAGAUAGUGACAGAAGAAAAACAAAAGAAACAAUUUUUACAAUUUGCCAAAAUUGGAUUCUUUGUGCCAUUACAAAGUUCAUGA